AUGGAGAAACAAAACAAAGUCAAAUCGAGAAGAAAGUGUGUAAAUCCAGUGUUUCAUUUACAAACAAAAGAUGAAAAUGAUCAACACAUGACCAAAGAUGUAAUAAAAAAAGUUCGAACUACUGGCCAGUUGAAUUUGUCCUCAAGGCAUCUUUCUGAAGUGCCAGAAAAAGUAUUUUCAAUAUAUGAACUAACAAAUGAGAAUGAAAUAAAUAUAGAUUUAAGCAGACCAGUUAAAGAAGAGGAAGCUUGGUGGAAUAUUAAACCCCUAACGCAUCUAGAUCUUAGCUCUAAUGUUUUAACAGAUUUGCCAAAACAGAUCGGCAUGUUCCAGGAUUUAAUGGUGUUAAAUUUACAUGAUAACCUAUUAACAUCUUUGCCGGAGGAAAUCAGUAGCUUGACAAAAUUAACAAAGUUAUCCCUAAACCAUAACAAGAUUACUAAUUUACCUCAAGGUUUUUAUAACUUGACGGAACUUAAACAACUUUUUAUUAGUCAUAAUUGUUUAGAUACUGUCUCCAAAGAUAUUUCGGAUCUGGUUAUGUUGGAAAAGCUGGAUUUGUCAAACAAUGUGAUAUUAAGCUUACCUUCAGGAAUAGGUUUUUUGGUAAGACUUACAGAAUUAAAUGUUUCGAAUAACAAGCUUGCCAAAUUACCACCGGAUAUUGUUAAUUUAAGAGCAUUAUUAAAGAUGGAUAUUAGUCAUAACAGUAUUACACAUUUGCCAGAUAUGGGAGAACUGAGAAAAUUACAAAUUUUAUAUGCUCAACACAAUGAUAUUCAAGAAAUUCCAGGAUUUUUUGGAUGUGAACAAGUACAUGAAAUUUAUUUUGGCAAUAACUUUAUAGAAGAAAUACCUCUUGAAUUUUGUGAAAAUAUGAAUCAUCUGAAAAUACUAGAACUAAGAGAUAAUCAGAUUAAAGCUGUGCCUUCAGAAAUUACAAAGUUAGCUCAUUUAACUAAAUUUGACAUAACCAACAAUGACAUUGAGGAGUUACCAAAUGCAAUAGGACUUAUGCCACACCUCCAAUCCUUCAAGAUUGAUGGCAACAAACUAAAACAAAUAAGGCCGGAUAUCAUCCACACUGGUACUAACAGAAUCCUUCGACAUUUGAGAGAGAAAAUCAGCGAUGAGGAGUUACAAAUCUUAUCCGUUCCUUCAGAUGUAUCGUACGAUUGUAAAAUAUAUCCUGACCGGUAUACGAUGAGAAAUGGAAACAUUUUAAAUUUGGCCUUGAAAAAUAUUUCUGAUGUUCCCGAAGAAUGUUUUAUGGAAGCGAAAGAAGCCAAUGUUAGUAAUGUUGAUUUGUGUAAAAAUAAAUUUGUAGACAUUCCACAAGGGUUAAAAUUACUAGCAAACACUUUAACCGAACUCAACAUGUCCUGUAAUCGGAUAAACCACGUACCUGAAUUCCUUAUGGAUCUUACCAAAUUGAAAUUCUGCGAUUUGAGUAAAAACCAAUUGGAGGAUUUGCCAGAUUCUUUAUCUAGUCUUGUAUAUAUAAGAGAAUUAAUUUUAAGUAACAAUAGGUUUAAGAAAAUACCAAAUUGUAUAUUUCAAAUGGUGGGUAUUGAAGUACUUCUUAUGAAUGAUAACAAUAUUGAAGAAAUUCCGAUUGAUAACUUAAAAAUGUUAACACGGAUUGCCACUUUGGACCUAAGUAACAACAGUAUUAAUUACGUUCCUCCUGAGCUAGGAAAUAUUAAACAAUUAAGAUCUUUAGAAUUAAAAGGAAACCCAUUUAGACAACCGAGAUACGCAAUAUUAGAACAGGGAACAGAAUCGAUCCUAUCCUAUUUAAGAGAUAAAAUCCCAACGUAA